GGACCAGAGACUGAGAGCAGAGUCUCCAGGGUCCAGCUGUCUGUCUCUGAAGAGUGACUGGUCCAUGAGAGAACCUCUAUGCUUCAGUAAUGAACCUGGACCCUCACCCACAGAGGAGAGGAAGAGGAGUCAUGUUUCUGAGGAGGAGCAGUCGUCCUGCUGUGCUUCGUGUCAGGACGUCCUGAAGGAUCCAGUCUCCACCAGCUGUGGACACUGGUUCUGCAGACAGUGCAUCACCUCAUACUGGGACCAGUCUGGUUCUUCAGGAGACUCCUCCUGUCCCCAGUGUGGACAAAGAUCCAGAACAGGAGCUGGAGGUCAGACAGCCGCAGAUCGUGGUCUGCAGGAGGUUUCAGAUGAACAUAAGCUCAGUGUGAGGAGGAGAUGUGAACAUGUGACUGAAGGAAGUGAUGAAACAGGAAGUAGAACCCUCCUCAACAGGAUCUACACUGAGCUCUACAUCACAGAGGGACAGAGUGAAGAGGUUAAUACUCAACAUGAGGUGAGGCAGCUUGAGACGGCUUCCAAGAAGAAGAUCCUCCAGGACACUCCCAUCAAGGUCCACGACAUCUUUAAAGCCUCCACUGACCAGCAGAGCAGCAUCAGAGUCGUCCUGACCAACGGCGUCGCUGGCGUUGGAAAAACCUUCUCGGUGCAGAAGUUCACUCUGGACUGGGCAGAGGGUUUAGAGAACCAGGAUGUGGGUCUGCUGGCUGUGCUUUCGUUCAGGGAGCUGAACCUGGUGAAGGACCAGCAGCACAGUCUUCUCACGCUGCUCCAUGUUUUCCAUCCAGCGUUACAGAAGCUCACGGCAGAGACGCUCGCUGUCUGUAAACCUUUGUUCAUCUUUGACGGCCUGGAUGAAAGCAGACCUUCUCUGGACUUCAACCACAGGGAGCUUGUGUCUGAGGUCACACAGAGGUCAUCAGUCAACGUGCUGCUGACAAACCUCAUCCGGGGGAAUCUGCUUCCCUCGGCUCUCGUCUGGAUAACCUCCAGACCUGCGGCGGCCAAUCAGAUCCCUCCUUCAUGUGUUGACAGGGUCACAGAAGUACGAGGCUUCACUGAGGCCCAGAAGGAGGAGUACUUCAGGAGGAGGUUCAGUGAUGAAGAGCUGUGCAGCAGAAUCAUCUCACACAUCAAGACGUCCAGGAGCCUCCACAUCAUGUGUCAAAUCCCAGUCUUCUGCUGGAUCAGUGCUACAGUUCUGGAGCACAUGUUGACCACAGACCAGAGAGGAGAGCUGCCCAAGACCCUGACUGACCUGUACUCACACUUCCUGCUGGUUCAGACAAAGAGGAAGAACAACAAGUACGGUGAGGGACAUGAGACGAGUCCACAGCAGCUGACGGAGGCUGACAGGGACGUUCUCCUGAAGCUGGGGAGGCUGGCACUUAAACAUCUGGAGGAAGGAAACAUCAUGUUCUACCAAGAAGACCUGGAGCGGUGUGGUCUUAAUGUCACAGAGGCCUCUGUGUACUCAGGAGUUUGUACUGAGAUCUUCAGAAGAGAGUGUGUGAUCUUCCAGAAAUCAGUCUACUGCUUUGUUCAUCUGAGCGUUCAGGAGUUUCUGGCUGCAGUCUACAUGUUCCACUGUUACACCAAGAGGAACACAGAAGAACUCAAGAACUUCUUGGGAACAAAUGGGAACACAGACACCUUCUCCCUGGAUGACCUCCUGAAGAGAACCAUGGAGAAAUCCCUCACCAGUACAAAUGGUCAUCUGGACCUGUUUGUUCGCUUCCUUCACGGCCUCAGUCUGGAGUCCAACCAGAGAGUCUUAGGAGGCCUGCUGGAUCGGACAGGGAACAAUCCAAAGAUCAUCCAGAGAGUCUCAGGAUGGCUGCUGGGUCGGACAGGGAACAAUCCAAAGAUCAUCCAGAGAGUCUUAAGAGGCCUGCUGGGUCAGACAGAGAUCAUCCAGAGAGUCAUCAACAACCUGAAGGAGAUGAAGAGUGAUGACAUUUCUCCUGACAGAAGCAUCAACAUCUUCCACUGUCUGACUGAGAUGAACGACCACUCAGUUCAUAAGCAGAUGAAACAGUUCCUGACGUCAGAGAACAAAUCAAAGAAACUCUCUGAGAUCCACUGCUCAGCUCUGGCCUACAUGCUGCAGAUGUCAGAGGAGGUUCUGGAUGAGUUGGACCUGAGGGAGUUCAACACAACAGACCAGGGUCGACGGAGACUGAUCCCAGCUGUGAGGAACUGCAGGAAGGCUGAACUCAGUGAUUGUGAACUCUCAGAGACUUACUGUGAAGUCGUGGCCUCAGCUCUGAAGUCAGACCCCUCACAUCUGAGAGAACUGGAUCUGAGCUUCAACAAGCUGCAGGAUUCAGGAGUGAAGGAGCUGUGUUCUGGACUGGAGAGUCCAAACUGUCGACUGGAGACUCUGAGGUUGAUGGGCUGCAGGCUGUCAGAGAUCAGCUGUUCUUCUCUGGCUUCAGCUCUGAGGUCAAACCCCUCUCAUCUGAGACAACUGGAUCUGAGCUUCAACAACCUGAAGAACUCAGGAGUGAAGGAGCUGCUUGAUCUAAAGAAGAGUCCAACCUGUCGACUGGAGACUCUGAGGUGGGAGGGGGAGUCUUUGUGGAGCUGAGUGUGAAGAGGACAGUGUGAAGAGGACAGUGUGUGUGGACGGAGGCUGAGCUGUGUCCUGAGGAUCCAGAGGCUGAAGCAGCAGCAGCUUGUGUGUAGUCUCCAAUCUACACAACCCCUAAUCUGCAUGUGUUUGUGAGAUGAAGCCGGAGCACCUGGAGAAAACACGGGGAGAACAUGCAGACUCCACACAGGAAGACCCAUCUGAACCGGAUUCAAACCAGCAACCUUCCUGCCCCGAUUGUGUUUAUUCACAUGAAGAAUGUGUUUAUUGAAAUGACACAACACAAGCAGAAUAUAUAAACCCUCUAUAAAGAGUCA